ACAGACUCGCUGCGCACCUUCCGCGUUUAUAUGACACGCACUGCUAGCAACAUCUACAGCCUCUGUUUUCACGGUUAAAGUGCGUUAGUCAACUUCAUGACGAACUAUUUUACAAGUACACUCUUUCAUGAAAGGAUUUAUCAGAGGACUGCGAUGUGGCGUUGUCAUUUCAUUCUGUAUCUGACAUGUCUCGCGUUUACUCAGUCUGCGGAUCCGCUUUGUAGCAGCGUUCCAGACUUCAAGCAUGAUCAAACUCAGUCGGUUUCUGGGACGCUCGGACACAGCCUGGUCCUCCAAUGCAAAGCCUCCAUGGGUUUGAACCGCACAGAUUCAGACUGUAAAGACCACCUGGAGUGGAUGAAAGACGGCACACCGCUGACCAACCUCACCAUCUACCCUCAAAAUGUACUAAACUGGGUCACAGAUGAGGGUCACAUCAUUAAGAGCACUGAUCUAACACUGACUCUGAGAGAUCGGGCUGAUUUUGGGGUGUAUUUCUGCGUGGUGAGGAACAGCACAGCGCAAUUCAACGUUAAAGAAUACAAAUCCCCAAGUCACAGCGGAGCAGUGGUUGCGUCGGUAGUCCUGUUGGUUGUACUCGCUCUUGCAGCGGUGGUCUAUUCCAAGUGUCGACUCAACUUUAAACUGUGGUAUAAGAAUAUUUCUGAAGAGUAUGAGCUUAAUGAUGGCAAAAUGUAUGACGCCUACAUCUCAUAUGUCAACAAUGAGAAUGACAGGAAGUUUGUCAAUUUUAUCCUGAAGCCUCAUUUGGAGAACAAGUACAGUCAUAAACUUCUACUCAACGACACAAACAUCCUUCCUGGAGCCGAGCCGUCUGCAGAGCUGCUGAUGAACAUUAGUCGCUGUCGACGGCUGAUUGUGGUGCUUUCUCAGGCGUACCUGGAGCAGGAGUGGUGCACCACCAACUUUAGGCAGGGUCUGUGGCAUCUGCUGGAGCUGUCGAGGAAGCCCAUUUUCAUCACAUUUCAGUCGCAGCAGAAGCAAAUAAGCCAGGACAUCAGUCAACAGCUGAGACAACACCAACCUCGAAUCACAACAAUCACCUGGGGCGCACACUCCAUGACCCCUUCUUCAGGGUUCUGGAAGGAGCUUGCGUUGGCAAUGCCGCGUAAGGUGACGUUUCACAGGGAGUCGGCGGGCGAUCCACAGACUUUGUUGCAAGGUGAUAAAGAUCCGAUGCUCACGCAGCAGCCUGAUUACCUGGACUGCAGACCGGACCCAGAUCCCGCAGGAGACCUGGGUUUGCGUUUGCCCAUCUACAAGACCCUUCCCUCCAAAGCUCCAGUGCUUCCUGCUGGUCCAGGUGAGACGGAUGAACCCAAACCCCCAGAGAUAGAUGUAUCUGACCUCGGCUCGAGGAACUACGCCGCCCGCACAGACUUUUACUGCCUGGUCUCCGAGGACGAUAUAUGAGACACACACUCCUGUUCCUUUUUGCACUUUUAAGUC